GGUGCGUCAAAAUUUAAUCUCUAAAAGCAACCUUUUUAAAUUGUAAUUUUGAGUUUCGCUUUUAGCAGGAAUUAGGUUUGGGCAUUUCUUAAGAUAUUUUGAUGUGUCAGGAUUUAUUUGAUGCUCACAUAAUUGUUUAACAGGAGUUUUGUUGAAGCAAUUUUUCUGGAAUUUCAAAAUUUCAAAAUUUGGCCAAACGAAACUCCUAUUAAAAAAUUCUGUGAAUAUUAAAUAAAUUAUGACACACCAAAAUAUGUCAGGAAAUGUCCAAAUACAGCUCCUGUUAAAAGCGAAGCUCAAAAUUUCAAUUUUAAAAGGUUGCUUUCGAAGAUUAAAUUUUGACGCACCCUAGUAACUAACCGAGACUUUGUUCUAUAUUUCACUGGCAGUAAGUUGCAAAACAAUAACCCUUCGUGAAAAUUGUAGCUUGUUACUAGAAUAACAGCGAUCUUAGUUUCUAACGAGGGUUAAAAGCAUUAAUUAUAGGUUCUAUUAACUCCAACAUUUAAAAUGUAUGGUAUCAACCCUUUCGAAUAAACUAUUUCCGCGUUAGCGUCAUUACUUAUUCAUCCUUUCACUGUUCGGCGCUGGAGAACUUUCAGGAGCUCACUCAGUCUCAAUAAACUCGCGCAAGAGUUCACAACUUGCCUAGAAAUGAAACUAUCGACUGAAAGUCGCGGAUUUAGAAUAACGCCGGAAAAAGCGGUGAAGUUUAUAAAAGUUAGUGUUUAUCUGACCUGUAUGUGGCCCCCGCAGGGAGACGAGUCCAAAAUUUCCUUCAGACUCCGAAAGUAUCUAUCUGUUUUUUUAUCCUUUGGAUUAUUUUUCCCGCUUUUAUUUUCGAUAGUUAUUUAUCUCGACGAUAUGUUAAUUAUUUUAAAAUCAGCGAUUUGUAUGACAGCUCUCGCCAAUUAUGUUGCGAAGGUUGUAAUUGUCACGAGGUAUCAUCGAGAAUUUGAGAAAUUUAGAUUUGUGUUGAAUGAGUUCAUACUGAAAGCAAGUGACUCUAGCAAGGUAGUUUUCCAAAAGUACGUCGACAAGUUUUGGAAAUUCCAAUUUUUCAUGGUGUUCUGUUACUACAUUGGAGCUACGGGAAUUAUUGUGGGGCCGUUGGUGCUGCCGCAGAAAUUUCCUACGGACGCGGUGUAUCCUUUUUCUGUGGACAAUCCUGUAGUUGCUGGGAUUAUUUAUGCUCAUCAGGGCUUUGCUGCGUAUCUUUGCGCAGCUGGAAUGGUUUUGGACGGGCAAGCAGCGUUGUUUUUGUGGUAUCUCAACGCUAAAUUUGAUAUUCUUGUGUCUGAAAUUAAUCGAGUAGCUAAAAGAGAGGAUUUGUGUUGGUACAUUAGACAACAUCAAGAGAUUCUAGCAUUUGCCGACGAAUUAAUCCCGCCAAUUCGCGCUCUAGCAUUUACAACAAUAUCAGUGACGAAAAUUUUAAUGAUUUCUAGUGGGUUUUUCUUAAUUUCGGACGAGUCUCUUCUAGUAAAACUUCAGUUCGUUAUGGUAGCAAUAUCCUCAACAUUUAACACAUUUUUAUACUCCUGGGCCGCAGAUGAUCUGAUGAAUAUUUCGGGAGCAGCUAUGUCCAGUGAAAUUUUCAAUGUAUUUAGCCGUCACUCCCUGAAAAUGAAGAAGAUGUGUCUUUUUAUAAUUCACAGAGCCCAGAAGCCAAUUGUAAUAAACAUUCCAGGUCUUCUCGCUACUCUUUCAAGCGAAUACUACGCAUCAUUUUUAUCGGCAGCGUUUUCAUGUUUUGCAACAAUUCGCGCUGUUGUCAACUCUUAACUCAAAAAUGAAUUACAAAAAAUGUUAUUGUCUCUUAAAACAAUAUAUUACAAUGCUUAAAAAUUAUCUGACAAUGUUCUUCACAGUACUAAUCGGUAACAAUAAAGUAAAAUCUUAUAAAAAGCGUACUAAAGUAGCUUCUAAGGUCCGAACACGAUUCUAAGCCUGUAAUUAAAAUAAUAACAAGAUUUGAAAUGUGCGUUAACAACUUCCGCGAUAGUAAUUAUUUAUUCAGAAGCUCGAGGUUCAGCUGGUAAGUAACUUUAAUGCAUCCGCAGUCGUUAUCUGACAGCCGUGCUAAUAAACUGAGCUAAUUAAUAUGAAGGCUAGAUUAAUUGUUUCUCCAGAAACGGCUAUUAGAUUCACCAAGGCGUCGGUUCUCCUGGCUUACAUGUUCGCGCUAUCCGACGCAAAAAAAUUCAGGCUUUUGUUGUUCAAAAUAUUUAGAUGGAUUUCGGUGCUGUUAAGUAUAGCGUUAUUUAUUGGCUUAGUUUUUUCAAUAAUAGAAAACAUUGAGAAAUUAUUUUUGGUGUUGAAAGCAUUGUCCAUCAUUUGCAGCGUGGUUAAUUACGUAGCGAAAGUUGUGAUUGUCAGAAUUUACGGGAAGGAAUUUGAGGUUUGUUAAAAUUUUAAAAAUUUUUAAUAUUAUUCUGAGAAUAAAUAAAAAUUGUCGGUGGUAUUACAGAAGUUACAAUUGACUGUAACAAAUUUCGUAGAGAAUGCCGGGAAA